AAGACACCCUGCUGACCGAAAAAGCAAUGAGAAAAGGCUAUAUCAUUUCUGAUGCAGUUCUGGAGCAAGUGUACAAAAUAAUGGAAGAUCAAAGCUCAUCCAUUUCACCAUCACUUGAUCAUCCUAGCCUAUGCCCACCAGCCUGGAAGAUGCUAGCAUCUAGGAAGGAUGAAUUCGUCAAGAAGCAGAAGUUCCUUGGUCGAGUCUUGGGAGAAUUGCUUCUUGACUACUCGAAUCAGCAUCCUUGGGAACCUGUUCCGAGGCUAGAUGUGAUAUGUGGUGUGAAGAAAGACUACAGCAGGCAUUCAAAGUUCUACCAUGUCAAUUUCUUGGUGUACUAUGAUGAUGUUUCUUCAGCCAGUGUGCUCUUUUUUGCUGAAGUAUGGGUGUCGAGCUUUCAGGCCAAACUUAGCACAUCUGUGAAUCUGGUUAAUGGACCAUGUAUUAGAUAUGGUCGCCAAGUUGAAUCUAAUGUGCUGUUCACCAAGGUUUAUAGUAUAUCUAGAAAGGAAUCAGAAACUUCAUUUUGUUGUCCACUACCUCAUUACAGUCCGGAUCGCCCAUACCUUGGACGUUGCACUUCUUGUGAGCCUAUUUCAUGCAGAAUUGUGCAUCCACCAUCUGGGAAUCAUACCGGGGCAAACUGCAGUCAACUUGGAGAACUCUUUCAAUAUUUGAAUUUUCGUGAUUAUAAGCCUUCUGCUGCGGAUAGCAUAACGGAGUCAGAUUUUGUAUACUUUGAUUCUCAUAGGGACACCAAGUUUGCAGAAGGUCUCAAUGACAGAAGCUCUUUGGCGAAGAAGAAGGCGCUGAUCAUCCGCUGAUCCUAAUUAGGUGGAGGAAUAGUUGUUUGCACUGUGCCAAAGGAACCUUGCAAGCCCGAAAUCGCCAACAUGAGCAACCAUGUCAUCGUCGAGGAUAAUAUUGCUUGGUUUGAGG